GGAGUCUGAAUAUAGCUUCAGACCAUGGAGGCAUGCUGGAGAAUCAUUUUUGUAGCAGCUCAAGUACUCUUUGUGCUAAAUGCCUUUGAGGAAGAGGAUGUGCCUGAAGAAUGGGUCCUUCUCCAUGUUGUUCAAGGUCAGAUUGGAGCAGGCAACUACAGCUAUUUGAGACUAAAUCAUGAGGGAAAGAUCGUGCUGCAGAUGCGGAGCUUAAAAGGUGAUGCAGACUUGUAUGUAUCUGACAUGACACUUCACCCCAGCUUUGACGAGUAUGAGUUACAGUCUGUAACCUGUGGCCAGGAUGUUGUCCAUGUACCAGCACACUUCCGCCGGCCAGUGGGAAUAGGGAUUUACGGCCACCCCUCUCACCUGGAGAGCGAGUUUGAAAUGAAAGUGUACUACGAUCGGACAGUUGUACAGUACCCGUUUGGUGAGGCUUCUUACAACCCCGAGGAGAUGGAGGCAAACCAGAAAUACUCACAGUCUACAGAAGAUGAGUCACAGGACGAGGAGUCUGUUUUCUGGACUAUACUGAUUGGAAUCUUGAAAUUAAUACUUGAAAUUCUUUUUUAAAUUGAUGCAAACUGGACUGAGUCACACUUCAGCCUGUGAAAUUGAACACGAAUGACUUGCUGUGAUAUUUAAUACUUUGUUAUGUUUCCUGAAGAGGUAUUCAGGUUACUUUUAGUAAACCAGAAAGGAAGUGGGGGAAAAAGCCAUAUUUAAUUUUAUAUUGUAAAUCCUCCCCUAUAUGUAAAAUGAGCAGCGAGCACAGUAUUUGCAGUGUUCUUUGGAGAUCAGGGCUUAA